AUAGUAAGGGAACAAAGUCUUUGGUAGCUCCUUGUCAAUUAGGCGCGCGGGUUCUGCAAAUCUCGUCUUUGAAUCCUCUUAGACCCUGUUCGACCGGAGAAAGAGAAAGAAGCAAAAAGGGUUUCGAGACGUGGACAACGUGCAAGGACGAUAGGACCUAAAUAACGCCACAGUCUCAAAUUAUUUCUUGCUAUUUUGCCUUGCUUUUCUUAGCAAGCGUCCACGAUGAAUUUCGACUCGGGCACCGCCUAUGCGGAAUCUGACGCCGACGAUGAGUACGAGAGGAGUCUUCAUACCAGUUCGCCCGUCCUCGCCACCGACUCUGAGAUCUCCCCAACCGAUUCCGACGGCCGAUCCUCCACCGAACACACUCCUACUACCUACGGACAUCGUAGUCGCGCCGACAGGUUGCCCGAAACAAUAAUAUCCGAAUGGGACGCGGAAGAGUGUGCCGAUUUUAUUGCUAGUAUAGGAUUACAGCAAUAUUCUGAUCGAUUCCUUGAGAAUGAGAUUGUGGGCGAGGCUUUGGUGGCAUUGCUACACGAUGACCUCAAAGCUAUGGGAGUGACCAGUGUCGGCCACCGAUUGACGAUACUUAAAAGUGUCUACGACGUAAAAAAGGCACAAGAUGUCCCUAUAGAGAGCGAUCACUAUGUGCCACUCUCUGCCGAUGCCGAAGCCCAGUAUGCUACCGCGACCCUUAAAGAUAUUAAGAACCUAGUCGAACAGCUCCGCCUCCGAGACGAACGGAUGAGCUUUUUGGAACAAGACUUGCGACGGAUGACGGAUGACUUCAGACGGCUGCGAGAAGAUAUGUUGCCGGCUUUGCGCCUUGCUAAGGACGCGCAACAGCCAUUGCCACACCUAUCUAACAACCAGGGAGGAGGUUACACCUAUGACGCUUCCACAGUCUCUCCUCCUGCUCCAACCUCAGCGUCGAAUCAAUCGACGGGCGGUAUUAAACGUCAGUACUCUACUAAGAAGAUUGUUCUUAGUACGAAUCCCAAGAGCGUAUCCCCUACUCACUUACAGACCACUCACGAGCGGCCCUCUGUAGAACAAACUCUAGAUCCCGCUGGUGCCGCUGAGAGAGCCGUAAUGUCAUCAUCCCUUCUAACUGCGAUGAAUGGCUCUGGCCAAGCUACUUCGCCCGGUUACCCCCCAAAUAUACCCUCACCUACCUCACCCCCGAAUUUAGGUAGCACCACCCUCGGCUCCCGGUCGUAUCGCUCUGAUGACCGCCAGACGCCGUCUAAUCGCACUACCUUCUCGGAAAGUGAGUACGGCCAUAAUGCGAAGCAACCCAUCGCGCCUCGGCGGGGACAAACCCCGGUACCUGAGACACCCGGUUCGAAUUCUUCGGUGGAGAUCUUCAAGUCAUUUAGGGUCAGUAUGGAUGACCCUUGCUAUAAGGUCCUUCCGGCCGCCUUAAAGAAAUAUCAGAUCAACGCGCCUUGGGACCAAUACGCGCUCUAUAUCGUGUAUGGCGACCAAGAACGUUGCCUGGGGCUGCACGAGAAACCAUUGAUCCUUUUUAAGCAAUUGGACAAAGAAGGAAAGAAGCCCAUGUUCAUGUUGCGAAAAACAAAUACUGCGCAAGCGGACGCUGAGACUCCUGGGAGUGCUGGCCUGAAUAAUGGAGACUUAACAUAUAACCCUCCCGGUGGGAUAAUAUAA